CCCGCAUCCGACUCGCUGCCGCUUGUGCUCGCGGGGACUGCCACGCUCCGCGCGGCCCCCAGCCCCGCGUUGAUCGCACCCGGGUCUCACAGCUGCCCAUGGCUGACCUGAGCUUCAUCGAGGAUGCAGUCGCCUUCCCCGAGAAGGAGGAAGACGAGGAGGAGGAAGAGGAGGGCGUGGAGUGGGGUUACGAGGAAGGUGUUGAGUGGGGCUUGGUGUUUCCCGAUGCUAACGGGGAGUACCAGUCUCCUAUUAACUUAAACUCCAGAGAAGCCAGGUAUGAUCCCACGCUGCUGGAUGUCCGCCUGUCUCCAAAUUACGUGGUCUGCCGAGACUGUGAAGUCACCAACGACGGGCACACCAUUCAAGUUAUCCUGAAGUCAAAAUCAGUUCUGUCAGGAGGACCGUUGCCUCAGGGACAUGAGUUUGAACUGUACGAAGUCAGAUUUCACUGGGGAAGAGAAAACCAGCGUGGUUCUGAGCACACAGUUAAUUUCAAAGCUUUUCCCAUGGAGCUCCAUCUGAUCCACUGGAACUCCACGCUGUUCGGCAGCAUCGAUGAGGCGGUCGGGAAGCCCCACGGCAUUGCCAUCAUCGCUCUGUUUGUUCAGAUAGGGAAGGAGCAUGUUGGCUUGAAGGCUGUGACUGAGAUACUCCAGGACAUCCAGUAUAAGGGAAAAUCCAAAACAAUACCCUGCUUCAAUCCCAACACUUUAUUACCAGACCCUCUUCUGCGGGAUUACUGGGUCUACGAAGGCUCUCUUACCAUCCCGCCUUGCAGCGAAGGCGUUACCUGGAUAUUAUUCCGAUACCCUUUAACUAUAUCCCAGAUGCAGAUCGAGGAGUUCCGAAGGCUGAGAACACACGUGAAGGGGGCAGAACUUGUAGAAGGCUGCGAUGGGAUCCUCGGGGACAAUUUCCGACCGACCCAGCCCCUGAGCGACAGAGUCAUUCGAGCUGCAUUUCAGUAACCAGAGGGACUGUGGUCAGGCCCAUCUGCAUUGGGGAGGAAGACAGUGGUCCUGUGGAGCCUUUGGAUGAGGAGUGGAGACUCCUGAGUGGCAGCUUCGUUUUAACCCUCCAGCCUGCAUCGUCUUCAGCUGCUCCAGCUUUGAUGGACAUCUGUGACCAUUGUCUGCAUACACGCUGUUAUGAACUAGUAGAGUGGCUAUUCAAUGUAAAGAAACUCAGUGUGUGUGUGCACAUGCCACAGCUUCUGGUAUUCAGACUUUUGCACAUACUGCUUCUUGCUUAUGUGUAGAAAGAAUGAAAGUAGUUUGCAGACCUAUUAAUAUGACUGUACCAUAUAUCAAUAUGAGACAGAAGAAACCCUCCACAUUCCCGGAGCCAAGUUGUUCAUUUCCUGUCUGUAUUAAAAAUGUGCCCAUCCCCAACCUAGUGUCAUGCGUGAAAAUAAAACAAAAGUUUUGGUCUACAGCAGCCUAGAACUUCAAAAUACAACAUGGAGGAGUCGUAAAAAUUA